CGUUUUCGCUGCAUUGCACAUUCGCCCGCGCAAUUUUUAAAGAACAACAUCUUUGCAUCGCCCGAAUUUAAAAUGUUAAACAUUUUGGACGUGAUAUUUUUGAAUUUAACGAUAAGUUUCGUGAUCGUAGGCAGCCUUAUAACUAACUACGAGGAACAUGUUCCAGUAUUUUUAAUAAAAUUAUAUAGAUACGGUAGCUUCGCGUACAAGGGAAAACAAGGGAAAUUAUUUAAAACGAUCGAAGUGCCAAAGUCUUAUUACAGACAUUUUUACGUGUUCUCAGCUGUUUUUAGUGCUUUGACAUUAAUUUAUAUGGUCUCGGUGUAUUUUUUAAAUUUCCCAGCGAGUGCAUUUGUGCAAUUCAUUAUGGCGCGAAUUUUCAACGACGCGGAACCAAAAGUAUCAGCACUGGCAGCAGUGUUAACUCUCAGCUUGUUGACGUUACACUGCUGGAGACGUUGCUAUGAAUCGCACAAGCUGCAGGUGUUCGCAAGCACCAGUAAAAUCAACCUGUUGCAUUACGGGACCGCUUAUGUGCAUUACGCUGCCCUCGUACUCAUCGCCGUUGGACAAGCGCCGCUCUUCUGUGGAAAGCAAAAAGGGGAAAUGCAAUGGGUGGACGACUGGACUAAAUUAACAUAUAUCCCUAGCAUAUUUCUAUUUCUACUGGCUUCAUACGAGCAGUAUAACAGUAACGUGGUACUGGCGAAUUUACGGAAAGACAAAAAUGGCGCUAUAAUAACAGAGGCGCAUAGGAUACCUCGCGGCAGAAUGUUCGAGAUCGUGUCUAGCCCGCACAGAUUAUUCGAGAUUGUUUUGUACAUUGUGUUGGCAACACUGACACCCACGAGGACGAUGAUCAUCAUGAGUUUUUGGGUUUUCUGUAAUCAGAUUCAGGCCGCGAUUCACGCCCAUCAAUGGUACAAGAGGACAUUUAAAGAUUAUCCAAAAAACAGAGCAGCAAUAUUCCCUUAUUUACUGUAAGCCAAUUUUAUGGUAUUAAUUGAAAUGUAUUUUUAUGUUUUUCGCUCAACAAGCGGAAGUGAAUUGUAAAAAUUAUACUGCAUUUGAAUUUUCUUGCAUUUUAUUUCAACGAAUAACUUGUUUUUAUCUUUGUAUAUUUUGUUAAUCGAUGGUAGGUACUUUACUGGGUUGUUUUUUGUCCAUAAAUAUAUA